AUGAGGUUGAUGACCCAUUUCUACUUGUCUCUUUGGCACUUGGUCCUAUCGUACUUUGUCCCAACGUCUAACUACGGUGAUCUGAGAUGCCAACCGAGCACCUCUAGUCUGCCUAGAUCUUCAGGGGAAGGAGAUAUAUUAAUAGGAGCAGUUCUCCCGUUCUAUGUUGAUAUGCUACUUCAGAAAAUAACAUUUACUGAGAAACCUCCAGAAGAAUUCUGUACCACGUUCCUGGUUGAAACCUACAAGGAGUUUCAAGCCAUAAAGUUUGCAAUAGAGGAGGUUAAUAGCAGAGUUGAUCUCCUACCCAACAUCGCGCUGGGUUUCCAGGUUUAUAACACAUGCGCUGUGAUGAAGAAUGAGAUGCUGGGAACACUGUUGAUGUUGACAGGUCAGACUCAGGCAAUGCCAAACUACUGCUGCAAAGAAAGUCCACUUCCGGUUGCUGUCAUUGGUCAUUCAUUAUCCACCACAUCUAUUCUCAUGGCUCAUAUCCUAGGUCUCUACCGAUACCCUCAGCCUUCUUCAGGUCUUGCCACAGCUUUUCAGCUGAUUAAGGUCAGGACUUUGUCUUGGCCAUUUCAAAACACAAACCGUCUUCCUUCUCAGGAAUUUUUAAUUGGAGUUACUUGUCUGCUUUGGAUAAGUCAUUACUCAACCAGCUCAGUCCUAAGUGACAGGACACAGUUCCCUUCCUUCUUCAGGACCGUUCCCAGUGAUAACUUCCAGUCAAAUGGGCUAGCCAAGCUGCUGAUACAUUUUGGUUGGACCUGGGUGGGAUUAAUUGCAGCUGGAAAUGAUUAUGGAUUACAAGGCAUGCAGGUUAUUAAACAAGAAAUUAUCAAAGCUGGAUACUGUGUGGCUUUUACAGAAUUAAUCUUGUUUAACCGUGUGGAUAAAAAUAUUGCACAUCUAACUAAGGUCAUCAGAGAGUCAACAGCCAAAGUUGUGGUCAUCUUCUCUAGUGACAUAUCCUUUGCUCUACUUCUGAACAAUCUUUUGAGUUACAAUGUUACAGGCAGGACUUUUGUAGCAAGUGAAACAUGGUCAACCUCAAAUAUAUUGUUAGCAGAAAAAUAUAAAGCAAUACUUGCUGGAUCUAUUGGUUUUGCAUUUCACAGCUCAGCAAUACCAGGAUUCAAAGAAUAUCUAAGCAUCAAUAGUGUUAGAAAGGCUGACACUUUGGAGAACAAGUUACAUCAAGUAUUCUGGCAAAAAAUGUUUGAAUGUAAAUUUCUUGAGCAGAAUGCCAUCAAUGGUUCAUUGAAUAAUUUUCCAAAAAUAUGUACAGGAAAAGAGGAAUUAAACAGUAUUAACAAUGUAUACACAGACAUGUCAAAUUUAAGAAGUUCAUACAAUGCAUACACUUCUGUUCAUGUCAUAGCCAAAUCUUUACAUGAUCUCUACACGUGUCAUGAAGGAAGAGGGCCGUUCUACAAUAAAAGCUGUGCUAAUAUUAAACACUUUAAAGCAUGGCAGCUGGGUCACUAUCUGCAGAAUGUGCGUGUGAAUCUAAGCAAUGGAAGACACGUUUCAUUUGAUAGAAACGGGGAUCUCCCUGCAGUGUACGAUAUUGUGAACUGGCAGUUGGGUGCAGGUGGUGUUAUGAAGCAGAUCAAGGUUGGAAGCUAUGACAGUACAGCCCCAGAUGGGAACAUCUUUAUGGUCAACACCAGUGCCAUCAUGUGGAAUUCAGGAAUGGAUCAGGUCCCUGUCUCAGUCUGUCGUUACAGUUGUCCACCAGGUUUCAGGAAAACAAUUAGUCAGGAUAAACCACCCUGUUGCUUUCAGUGUGUACCAUGUGCACAAGGAGAAGUCACAAAUCAAACUGAUUUAGAUGAAUGCUUCAAGUGUCCAAUGGAUAUGUGGCCAAAUCUAAAAAAAGAAAUAUGUCUUCCAAAGGUUCUAGAAUUCCUCUCUUAUAAAGAGCCAUUGGGUGCAACCUUGAGUGCUAUGAGUGUCACUUCUUCUGCGAUCCCAAUUUCCAUUCUGGGACUUUUCUUACAAUUCAAGAACACUCCAAUUGUAAAAGCAAGCAAUUACUCUCUAAGUUGCCUUCUCCUGUUAUCUAUAUCUCUUUGCUUCCUCUGCUCUUUGAAUUUUAUUGGCUAUCCUAAUACUGAGAGGUGUCUUGCAAGACAGGUUACAUUUGGCAUGGUUUUUACUAUUUGCAUCUCCUGCAUUUUGGCCAAAACCAUUAUGGUAGUUUUUGCGUUUAUGGCCACCAAACCAGACAGCAGCCUCCGAAGAUGGACAGACAUUCGAGUGUCCUACAUGAUUGUUUUCCUUUGCUCCCUUAUACAAUUUAUUUUAUGUCUAUAUUGGAUUAUUGUUAUCCCUCCAUUCCCAGAAAAAAAUACCCAAAUAAAGCCAGACAUGAUCAUUUAUGAAUGUAACGAAGGUUCACCAAUUGCCUUCUGGUGCAUGUUGGGGUAUCUUGGACUUCUUUCCACCAUCAGUUUUAUUGUAGCUUUUUUUGCAAGGAGACUUCCAGAUAGCUUCAAUGAAGCCAAGUUUAUCACCUUCAGCAUGCUGGCCUUCCUCAGUGUUUGGGUGUCCUAUAUCCCAGCAUCUCUUAGCUCCAGUGGUCAAUAUGUGAUGGCCAUGGAGGUUUUUGCUAUCUUUUCUUCCAGUUGGGCCCUAGUGAUUUGCAUGUUUAUACCAAAAUGUGUCAUCAUACUAUUCAAACCCACCAUAAAUUCCAGAGAAAAACUCAUGGUAAAAGACAGAGACUCAAUGACUAAAACAUGUACAGAAAACUUUCACUAA